AUGAAUGGUCGUGGCACAUCUCCCAACCAUAACAGCAACAUCAACGGCAACGGCAACGGCAACGGCAUUGGUAUUGGCAUUGGUAUUAGCAACAACAACAACAUCAACAACAACUUUAAUAACAUAAACAAUAACAAUAGUAUCAACAGCAGUAUCCAUAUUAGUAAUGUCAACACAGCAGCAGCAGCCGUCGCAGGUAUUGGUGUUGCCCCAGUUAUGGCGGCAUCAUCAAUAACCGAUGAGUUGGACGCUGUCGACGUGGAGUUUAUAUAUAGUCUCUUGGAGCACUCCAAGAGUAGCAACAACAACAAUGCCGUCACAAUCACAACAGAUUGCAUUACAGUGUCUUCACCGACACCUACACACAAGAAUAAUACCUCAUCAACAUCAUCACUUCCAACAAACAUCAAUAACAAUAACAACAACACAUUACACCAGCUCAACAGAUCGACUUCGCCCACUGGUCAUAAUAGUAGACUGCGAGGUAGCGGCAAUGGUCGAGCACUGCUAAAGAGCAGCUCUGGCAGCGAGAUCGACGAGGGCCGGGGCGUCAAGAUAUACUUUGGCAAGCUUUCCUCCAACUCUGUGCCCGACAAGACCAUCGUCUACUCACCCGUGAACAACAUGCGUUAUCAUGUUAAGGACAUUAUUGCAAUGCUCAAGGACCCUGUGUUGGGCCUGCCGAUCAAGGACAGGUACAGCGGCUUCCAGUAUCACAAACUGUGCUUCACAGGCUUUGAGAUGGUGGAUUGGUUCAUGAAGCAUGGCAUCUGCGUGAAUAGGAAUCAUGCGACUCAGCUUGGCCAAUACCUACUGGACAAGUCAAUCCUACGACACAUCUACUGCGAUCAACCAUUUCGCGACAACAACAUGCUAUAUUGCUUCAAAGACUUCCAAGGUGUUAGCGACGACAAGAUAUACUCAUUGGUUCAGUUUAUGAAGAGAGAUCAGACAGGUGUGGAGCGCAUGGACAGGUCCAAAAUGUUUAGGAAGUAUAAGGACUGCUUUGUUGGCUCCGAGGCCAUCAACUGGCUGCUAAAGAAUCAGUCCGAGUAUGUGACGUCCAGAGAGGAUGCUGUCAAACUGUGUCAAGAGAUCAUGAACCUUGGCCUUGUAGUAUCAGCAUCCAAUACCAAAGACAUCUUCAGAGAUGACAAGACCUUUUAUGUAUUUAGAAACAUCAUAUUUGGAGGAUACCUGGGCAAGAAGAAGAAGGAUACACAUGAGCGUAAGAUCAAAUGGUUCGCAUUGCGUGAGGAUGGUGAGAACAUAUUGUGGUACUCCAACUCACCAAAGGACCCUCUGACCAACAAGGGCAUCGAUCUGAGCAAUGCCUAUAUUCGCGAGUGCAAGUGCGGUGGCGGCACCGAGUGCUUUGAGAUCGUGUCCUACCAACGCAUCUUUUGUCUAAAGAGCUCCAACCUGACGUUCCUCAAGCUGUGGGUGGAGAUACUGUCGGUCAACACGACCACCAUCAGUGAUGAGAACUCGCUGUUUGAUGAGGCCGAGGAGAACAUCCAUUAUGACUCGAUCAAGCAGACCGAUGCCUUCUUUGAGGCCUUCAAUCCAGCAUCGCACAAUGACACGCCCAGCGAUGGUACCUCCUCGCCCACCUUCACCUCGACGCUCAACACACCCUCGUCUCUUCCACCCGAGUAUCUAUCGGUGAAUGGUGCCGCCGUUGUCAAUGGCAAUGGAAUUGGUAGUGGCAAUGGCAAUGGCAAUGGUAAUAGCAAGGUCAGUGGAAGUGGCAAUGUCAGUGGUCGAGGCAGUGUCAAUGGAGAUGGCAGUGACAAUGGUGAUGGCACAAACAUCAUCAUGGCCAAUAACAACAACGACACUGGCAAUGGCAUUGAUCACAACACCAACAACAACAUCAGCAGUAGUAUUAGUAGUAACAGCAGUAACAUUAGCAGCAGCAGUAACAAUACAUUGGAACAACAGAUAUCAAAGAACAUGGAGUCCUUCAGGUUGGAAGAGCCCAGUGGUGAUGAUGAGGAACAAGUUCGAGAGGCAGUACAAGUACAAGAGAAUGUGCUGGAACAUGUUCAGGAGGAGCAAUUGGAGCAAAUGGAGCAAGAGGAGCAAAUGGAGCAAGAAGCGGAGCAAGAGGAUGCCAAGGAGGUGGAGGAGGAGGCCAAUGAGGUUGACAUUGUCGAGGAGUUGACCUUGGAGGUCAUCAUUGGAGACUCAUCACUACCUGAAGUUGUAGCCACAAAUGAUGUUAACAUCGACAGUAGUAGUAGUAUUAUCAAUAGUAAUAGUAAUAAUGAUAGCAGCAGCGACAAUAACAGCAAUAGCAGUUGUACUGUGCCAUCCCAGCCAUUAGGGCAACAACAACCAGUCGAAAGCGACAGUAAGAAGAAGAAGUAG